AUGGGCAAGCAGCCGUUACAUUCCAAGGAUCCUGAAGUGCAUGCACUUGUAUAUUUCAUAGAUCAGUGUGAGCCACUUGAAAUCGACAUUCCAUUACCUGCGCAAUGGUUAUCACGUUGUCGACUCAUGGUUUUCGAACGGACACAGCAGCAUUUGGUCGUUUUCAAUAAAACACUCACCAAAUUGGUUUCAGUAAAGAUCAUAAUUUCAGGUGAUCACGAUCAAUAUGCAGGCGAACGAGAUACUGAGAAACAGAAAAUAAGAAACAUUCGAAAUGACACAUUACAUUCUAGUCAGGUAAAAGCAGACCAACUUCGAGCUUGCAAAGACUUUCAGCAUGCAUGGAAGAGAGAAUAUGAUCUAAAGGAAGAG